GAGGGCUCCAGACCGGGCUUCGCGGGGGAAGGAACGAGAUGGUCAGCCCGAGCGCCGCGGCAGCAAAAUGCUGGAUGGACACCGCCUGGUGCUGCUCCUGCUCCGCUGGCUCUGCUUCUUCGUCGCCGGCGGGGGACCGGGACCCUCCGCUGCCUACUUCGGGUUGACUGGGAAUGAGCCCCUGACCAUCCUCCCUCUGACUUUGGAAAUGGAGGAAGCUGCCGUCAAAGCCCAUUACAAAGUGUGCGACCGCCUGAAGCUGGAGAAGAAGCAGCGGAGGAUGUGCCGGCGAGACCCCGGCGUGGCCGAGACCCUCAUGGAGGCCAUCAGCAUGAGCGCCCUGGAGUGCCAGUAUCAGUUCCGCUUUGAGCGCUGGAAUUGCACCCUCGAGGGGCGCUACAGGGCCAGCCUCCUGAAGAGAGGCUUCAAGGAGACCGCCUUCCUGUUUGCUAUCUCUUCGGCGGGGCUCACCCAUGCCAUGGCCAAAGCCUGUAGUGCCGGGCGCAUGGAGCGCUGCACCUGCGACGAAGCCCCCGACCUGGAGAACCGCGAGGCCUGGCAGUGGGGUGGCUGUGGGGACAACCUCAAGUACAGCAACAAAUUUGUCAAGGAGUUCCUCGGGAAGAAGUCCAACAAGGACCUCCGUGCUCGAGUGGACUUCCACAACAACUUGGUGGGCAUGAAGGUCAUCAAAGCCGGGGUGGAGACCACCUGCAAAUGCCAUGGCGUGUCGGGGUCCUGCACCGUCCGGACCUGUUGGCGGCAGCUCUCUCCGUUCCACGAGAUCGGGAAGCAGCUGAAGCAGAAGUACGAGACGGCGCUCAAAGUGGGCAGCACCACCAACGAAGCCACGGGCGAGGGAGACAUCUCUCCGCCCAAGAAAUCCAUCCAGGGCCACGGCGACCAAAUCCCGAGGACUACAGACCUGGUCUAUAUCGACGACUCCCCGAGCUUUUGCCUGAUGAGUCGGUAUUCGCCCGGCACGUGGGGCAGGAAAUGUUACAAAGACAAGAACUGCGAGAGCAUCUGCUGCGGCCGGGGCCACAACACCCAAAGCCGCGUGGUGACCCGGCCGUGCCAGUGUCAGGUCCGCUGGUGCUGCUACGUGGAGUGCAAGCAGUGCACACAGAGGGAGGAGGUCUAUACCUGCAAAGACUGACAGGUCUGCGGUAUCAUCCAGUAGAUGUUCUGCAACGAUGGGAGAUGCCACCCGAAGACGACCAUCCAUGGAGGCAAAACAGGGUCUUGGCAGAUUUUUGGGUGGUGGAAAUGGUGGACCGAAGGCUCCAAGAUGAUGCAAGCACUUUUUGGGGGUAGUAGUAACCAACUGUAUGGUUUUCUGUGACCUUCCCUCCUUUUUUUGUGCCAGUCCAACUGAUUUCAGCAGCCCAAGAGGAUGGAUGAAAGUGCCUUUCACCUAUAAGGGGACAUUAGUUUUGGAGGUGAUCACCAAAGCCAUCAACAAAAUGGUUCACCUUGACUGGAUGAGAUUGGUUUCUGUCUUUGUCCCUUUCUCAUCUCAUAUCAUUUGCAAACACUCUGAGCUGAAUGAAGGCAUCCUGCUCAAGAGUCGGAGCUCGUGACUUUGAUUUUAUUUCGGUCCUCCUUGUUCCACAGCUGGCUGGGUUACCUCCAUAAAUAGCUAAAGCGAACUUUCCAAUGGAGAACACAAUUUUCAAGAAGCGACGUAAGGAAUGGAGUUCUUGUUUGGCCUCUUCUCACACAUGAACUGAAAUUGGGAAGGGCCAUCUUCUUUGUUGGGUCUCCAGAAGUGGAAACGAAGCCUGCUUUGAAAGCGGGAGGAGCAUUGUGGUCCUUCAGAGAGACUCAGUGGCUAAAGCCACCCGCACUUUGCACCGGACAUUGUGGGAAUCCCUUCCCUGCCUUUCAAAUUGCUCCCUUUCAUUGACAUGCUCCUUCAGAAUCCACUUGUUGUUCACUUGCCACCUUCAUUGUCUACCUUGCCAAUGAUUCAUACCACUAGAGGCCUUCCUAUACACUUCUGUCUCUCCAGAUUGUCUGGUUUCCUUACCGUGUGUCGCUCCCAGGUUGCCCUAUGAUGGCUGCUUUGAAUCCCUAAUAUGGGCUGUAAUUCCUGGUUCUGGAAAGAUAGUUAGACGAGUCAUCUUCUGGGAAAAAAAAAUCCCAUUGCCUUAAGGACCUUUGUUUGUUGCUUCAACUUUGCCUUGAUUUGUAAGCCAUUUGGGGAGGCCACAGGUUGCUUCCUACGAUUCCUCCAUCUAUUACCCACCCAGAGCUCCGUGUGUGCCUUUAACUCUCUCUAAAAAACCACUAUGGGCAUGCAUAUUGGAGACUGAAGGAGAACCAAGAGCAAUGCAAACGUUUUGGAGGCCACGAGUGACCGGGAAUGGGAGAAGAAUAAACCAGAAAUGACCAAAACAACGAUUGAAACGAUGGCUGUGGACUACUCGACAUUCCUUGGUCUGUUACAAUGGGGAUGUUACAAUUUGCGACGGGGCUGCGGCAACUUCAACAAUACUACUUUGGAUCAGAAGCAUCUGCAGGCAAAUCUCAUGGCACCAAAUCAUGUGUCGGGAGUCGCAUGGGCUGUGAGCACCUUCUGAUUCUCCUGUAGUGGCAAUUUCUCUAGUUUAACCAAUGGACUUGCUUUUCCCUGCAAAACGGUCCAAUCCUUUGAGGAUGUUCUCUCUCUUUCUUGGAGCUUCUUUCAAAUAAUAAUGAUAAUAAUAAUAAAGUAGUCACUUGUAUCUAAGCUAUGUUAUUGCACAUGUACCGGGAGCUCAUGCCUUCAGCUGGUCUUCGUCUUUGGAAUCACUGAUCCCAUUGUUAUUAUUGGGGAAGGUGGAAAAGGAGGAAGAGUAUGCUGUUCUUCCAUUUGUUGGUCCAAGAUCCUAUAGAUGUGGAAGAUCUAACUCUUGGGCAUCUCUUUGAGACCUUCAAGAAUUGGUGUCCUCUCCGUCCCGGUGGCUCAGCACCGUUUUGCACCUGAACUGUCACCUUCCACCCAAAAGACAGUCCUGAAGCGAUGUGCAAAUAAUAUUUUACGCAUAACCUUUAAGACUGAUUGCAAGCCUAUUAUUCAGUGUGAAUACUUUAUAUAUAUAUAUAUAUAUAUAUAUAUAUAUAUAUAUAUAUAUAUGCCUAAAUAUAAAUAUUGAACAGUUAUUUAUUAAGUCUUUCAGAAGGACCUUCUUAUGGUUUCAAUGUGGUAUUAUGUUCAGUCCUCUCCUGAGUGUCGGCUUCUCUCUCCUCCAGUUUUGCUUGCACACCGACUUUUGGUCCCCCAAAGGCCUAGCAUUUUCUGCACAGGGAAUAAUACAUUAUUUUAAUAUAUGAAUAUUUCAGCAAUGCCUUUUUUUGGGAUACAAUGCUGUUUUAUGUGCCAAAAAACCCCUAAACAAAAUGUAUGAUUUUCUUGAAGAAUGAAAACACUGUAGAUUUAAUGUAGCUUGAUGCUACUUUAACUGCCAUGGCCCAAUGCUAUGGAAUCCUGGGAGUUGUAGUGUCUUUAGCCUCCUCUGUCAAACAGUCCUGGUGUCUGACCAAACUAAUGUCAAGAAUUGGUCUGGCAUGCUGUAUAUAUAAGAUGUAUAUAUCUGCAAUAAAGUUUAAGCCGCUGUUUACAGCUGAAAACUUAGAAGUUUGAACUUUGUCCCUAUAUGAUUUGAGCUGAUGCCAGAUUCGUCAGGAGAAGGACUGAGACUGAUGGAAGUAAUUCAUCUCUAUUUAACCAAUUCUUGACAACUGCAACUUCCAUGAUUCGAUAGUAUUGAGCUAUGGCAGUUCAAGUGGUGUCAAACUGCAUCUAUUGUACAGUUUGGAUGCACUCCCUAGUGAAGACUUACACAAGUUGACAUUGAAAGUGAAUUCCUAGCACGCACUUGGGGGACUUGUUCAGCUUUUCCAAGUUCUGACACUUCUGGGAGUGUUGUCCAAUCUGUCUAGGUCUCCUGCACUCACCUGUUUUGCUCGAGCGUUGUGUGCAACUCUAUGCGGGGAGGAGAAAUGGCCUCACGGAGAGGAUGUUUUACAGGCUGGUCCAGCGCAUGGUUGCUCAGAAGCUGUGCUCCAUUCACAUGACACAGUUAUGGCGUUAUCAUUCCACUUUGAACUCUCAUGGUUCCAUCCUAUGGAAGACAGCAAGGUUGCAAGUAAAGCUCUUUGGUUGAGAACUAUGAUUGACUGUAGAGCAGUCAUGGGCCAACUUGGGCCCUCCAGGUGUUUUGGACUUCAACUCCCACAAUUCCUAACAGCCU